CUGGUUGAAUCCUGUCGAGAAAUUUCAGUCUCGAUGGGCAAGAUGAUAUGUUUUCCUCUUUUAAAGAGCAAACGCAGUGCCAAACACAGCACCAAUCACCGACGCCACGAGUCAACAUGUCACCUCCCUCGUCUUCUACCCCAGAUCCGCCCCCACUGAUCCCAUUUGAGGAAUCUGACAGCGCGGGCAACAACACCGCAGUUCUCGUCACUGCUGUUGUAGCACUAGCACUUGCAAUCCUUUCGGUCAUCGCUCGUAUUCACACCCGAUUAUACUCUAGACAGGGAGUUGGGCUAGAUGAUUACAUGUUUGUUGGGUCCACGAUCGGACAAUCUGUCUGCGGUGGGCUUUUACUGUGGUUUUAUGCCGUUGCUGCUUACGGAUUAUGGCUGGCCGAUGUCCCCGUCAAAGGCCAGCUGGGGCUGUCAGGCCACGACCUCGAGCGAAUCACACUCUACCUCAAAAUGUUUUAUGUCGUUGCAAUGCUUUAUCUUGUCGUCAGCGGUACCGCAAUGCUGGGUAUCUUGCUCAUGUACCGCCGCAUCUUUCAAUCAGACAAGGCAUUCAAUAUUCAGCUCAUGUCGUUGGCGCACUCGUCUUCGGAUGGGGGCUAGCCGGAACAAUCGCCUCCGUUUUCAACUGCGUCCCUGCGGAGAAAGCUUGGGAAUUGCCUAUAAACGACGAGAGGUAUUGCUAUAACUACAACAUAUUUUGGCUGGCAAUGGGAAUCUUUGAAGUCAUUUUGAACAUCAUGAUUCUAGGACUUCCGAUGGCAAGUCUCCGAAAGCUCAACAUACCGCUCGCGAACAAACUGUCGGCCGGGGGCAUUUUCUUCCUCGGAGGAUUGCAAGUUUUACAUAGACGCUGUUUGUCGAGUGAAUGUAUGUUAUCUAGCUAACUUGUCUCUUCUCCUCACAGUGUUGUGGUGACCGGAAUCGUCAAGGUUGUGCUCGGCUACGUCCCUACCGCCCGAAAUCCCAAUCAGUUCAAGACUGUGCUCUGGGCUACACUUCAUCUUACCA